UCCUACGUCACUUUCAGUCGCCGGACGCCGCAGGACGGACCCCUUCGACGGGUGGUUUCGCAGCAGCUAACCGCGGACGACACACUUCCCCGUCCUUCAGCAGUAAAAUGUACUACAAGUUCAGCGGCAUUACCCAAAAGCUGACGGGAUCUGCCCCCACGGCCGCCUACAGCCCCCAGGGGCUGAGGCCAAGUGUGCCAGCAGAAUCCCCAACCAUGAUAUUUGCCACACCCACCAAGUUGGUGUCAGAGGCUGGGGCCACGGUGGAGUACAUGGGAGCAAGCAAGAUUAACGAGCUCCAGAAGCUUUUCCAGGCGCCGGACGGUGUUCCCGUUCACCUGAAGCGCGGACUUCCCGACAGGCUCCUGUACCGCACCACCAUGGCUCUCACGCUAGGAGGAACUCUGUAUUGUCUGGUGGCUCUUUACAUGGCAGCCCAGCCAAGAAAUAACAAGUGACCAACACAAACACCAGGAUUCUUUCUGGAACACCCUCCCGACACGUCUCGAACCCGACUUCCACAUUCUCUGUCUGACCUCGCCAUUGCCACCCUUUUGGGACUUGAGAAUAACUUUAAAACAUCACGCCAAUGAUGAUGAUUCUAAUGUCUGUCUUCUUUGUAAAAACAAAACAAAAGUGUAAUUUAAUAAAUUUAAGGGGUAAAUGUU